AUGAAUACUUCCAGAUUAAUUAGAUUAACAACCCCAACACAAGGGCUAUUAUUCAGAUCUCUAAGAUUUAACAGUACAAAAGUUAAUCCAAAUUUAAUGAAAUCAGCCUUUGGUGAACCAGAUUUAGCUGCUGCUAAGAAAUUUAGAGAAUCUUUACAAGCUACUGAAUCUCAUGCUAGCUCCACCACAAAUUUAUGGUUUAAAAUUUCCAUGUUUGUCGCUUUGCCUACUAUUCUCUUGACCGCAUACCAUGUCUAUAACGUGGAAGUUGAGCAUGCUAAACACAGAGAACAUUUAAAACAUGUUCCCGAUGAAGAUUGGCCAAGAGAUUACGAAUUUAUGAACAUGAGGCAAAAACCAUUCUUUUGGGGUGAUGGUGACAAGAGUUUGUUCUGGAAUCCAGUGGUUAACAGACAUAUUACCCGUGAUGAUUAG